AUGUGUGCCGGAUUCAAAAAAUGCCAUCACAACCUAAAUAAAUUGGUGGCAGAUGGAUGCAGCUCUACAACGAACCUUUCAGCGGUCAGGGUACAGAGAAAAGUAUUGGUUGACCGCGUGGGAAAAAUGACCAGUGUCGGAGUGUAUGGCGCGCAAAUACUAAUGGAAAUUGGGACAACGGCUGCGGCUGCGGUGUUUGAAGUUCACCGAGCGCUCCUGUCAACGGAACGUUUCGAACCAGUGGCUGAUCUAUUGGAUGUAUUACAACGAUUUCUCAGGCUGUUUGCCUUGUGCAAGGUUUCCGGUGACGUUACAAAGGCGGCAAACGAAAUCGUGACGAUCUUGCUGGACAUAAACCCAACCACAGACACACAUCUAGAAGACGAAGUAAUUAUCUAUUUUUAGCACGUUUCAUCUGGACUGCUUUGCUAGCUCGUUCGUGUCAUAACGCGUGUAAUAAUGAGUAAGGCAAUCGGGAU